AUGCAACUUACAAUUUCUUUAGACGAUAAUAAUGAUAUCAUUUCAGUGGACGUACCAGAAUCACUCACAUUAGAGGAUUUCAAAGCUUACUUGCAAGCCGAAACAGGAAUUGAGCCAUCGGACCAAGUGUUGAAGUUCAAUGGCAAUGAAUUGACUGACAACAAACCGUUAAAUGAAUUACAGAUUAAUGACAAUGAUCUUUUACAAUUAUCAAAGAAACAACUUCCUAGACAACAACAACAGCAGCAGCAACAACAUGCUUCUGGCUCUCCACAAACACCAUCCAAUCCGAUCGACGAAAGAAUUGAAAUGAUUAGACAACAAAUUUUGGCUGAUCCCACUGCUCGAGACCAGGUAAGAUUGACGCAACCAAGUCUUUAUGACGCGUUGAAUGACGGAUCUAGAUUCAGAAGUUUGAUGAUGGAACAGGUUUCUGAACAACACAACCAAUCUGCAAGUAACCAAGCAGAAAUGUUACGUUUACAGCAAGAUCCAGAUAAUCCAGAAAAUCAAGCUCGUAUAUUAGAGUUGAUAAGACAAGAAGCAAUUGAAGAGAAUAUGAAGUUGGCAUGGGAAAUCUCACCAGAAAGUUUCACCAGUGUUAAUAUGCUUUAUAUUAAGUUGAAAAUCAACGGAGUUGACCGUGUUGCUAUGGUUGAUUCUGGUGCAGCCAUGACUACCAUCAGUCCUUCAAUUGCUGAAGAAGUUGGUCUUUCUAGAUUGAUUGAUAAAAGAUUUCAAGGUCAAGCUGUUGGUGUUGGUACACAAAAUAUUGGAGGUAAGAUCCAUAGUGCCCCAAUUGAAAUCGGGGAUUCUAAAAUCGAGUUACCAUGUUCCUUCUAUGUUGUUGACACUUCGGUGGGCAUUUUGUUUGGGUUGGACAUGUUGAGAAGACACCGUUGUACCAUUGAUUUAGAACGAGAUGUUUUAAUUAUUGGCAAACACAUUGAAGCAAAGUUCCUUUCGGAAUCAGAAAUCCCUCGAAACUCUUUGGGUGGAAAACAUAUUUCAAAGAGAAAAGUAAAAAAAAAAGUACGAUAA